GUUGUUCUUCAUUACUGUUCUGGAUUCUUUAGUUUCCAACUUUCCAUCACUUUUCCAGCCAUGUCGACAAAGAAGAAACCACAAGGUAGCACGGUAGCAGAUCGGGCAACAAAUCGCUUCUCCUUCGCAUCUCCAGAUCCAACAGCAGAUCAGCUUUUCCAUCGCAUCUCCAGAUCAGGAAGCAGAGGGCAGCAGAUCAAAUCAGCCUUCAUCGAAAGAUUUGUCUAAAACCACCCAUUAAAUUAGAGGUUGAUAUAGAUCACGUGUAUUACACGUCAUAAAAAGGAGCCAUGAAAGAUCAAUAAUUGGGUUUUUGUUUUUUUUAAAUCGCUUGAUGAUGGUUUGUGUUCUGAUGAAGUGAUGAUCAAUUGCUGUGGAAUUAAUUGUACAGCAAUGC